AAUGGGAAAGUUGUGUUUACGUUUUUGAAAAGAAGAAAAAACGGAGCUCCAAACGGAAACGACCUUGUUUUUGAUAAUCGCGUUUUUAUGUCAAAAUACUUAUACAGAAAACUUGGGGGCUUAGGAUUUGCGUUUACUGUCAAUCGAAUAACUUUGCUUUGCCAACGACUCCAAAAUUGAAAUUGUAUUACAAUAAAGUAAAAUUACAUUUGGUACCAGUUUCAUAUACCCACUCAAAUCAGACUCAAUCCGAAACCAUGUCCGACGACUUCGAUGGCUGCGAGUGCGUCUGGUCGCAGGAAUAUGCGAUGCAGCGCCUUAUCAACUUUAUACGGCAGAACCAGAAUGCCUGCACAGAUACUGAGUGCUUCGAUGUUUCCGGACGCUCGACGCAGCAGGCACAGGCCGCAGGUCGCGACGAUGGCAGCGGCUUCUCCGUCGCAAUGAUCUUUCUGAUCGUUGCCAUGUUCAUGUACAUACUGAAUCCGAGUACCUGGGGCCACUUGACCAGCAGCACCAAGCGCGCCGGCGGCAGACGUGACAAUAAUCAGGACGGAUCGCCGCCUCCUCCGCCGGCUAUCAACUAGAUGUGGCCGCGGAUGCUUGCUUCUGCCAAAACCUGAGCUUCUACAACACAAUUCGCAAUACGCAUUUCCUUUUUUUGUUAUUUCUCCAGCAAAAGAGAAAGAAAAUUCUUCACUAGAGCCUAGAUGGCGGAUCGAACCAGAGAAAUUCAAUUGGUUAAAUCCCUUAGCACGUUUACACAGAUUAGAAAAAUUAUACAUACCUUACAUUGUACAAAACGCAAGACCGCAUACACAAAAAACAAAACACAGGCUUAUUAACUAACAUAUUUGGAAAUUUUUAAAAAUAGACUUUGGAAAACA